UCCAGCCCAGAUCUUCUCCCGGACACUCCCUCCACUCGCAACAACCGAGCACAGCUGCUCUCUCCCCUUCAUCAUCACCGUCCUCGUCGUCAGCGUCUGCAGCAUCUUCAGCAUCAUCCUCAUCGUGGUGCUGCUGGUGGUGGUGCUGGUGACCUUUGUCACGUAGAUCAGUUGAGCCGGGCGGCCGCUGGAGUGAAGGUUUUAAUCUGAGGCUGUGGUGGCGGCGGUGGUGGUGGUGGUGGUGUAGGGAGGGAGGAGCGAGGCUACCGCGUUGUAGGUGUGGUGCCGUUUGCAGCAACAGAACAGGAGAGGCGAUUGCCGAAGCUGUAAAGGGGGUAGGGGGGGGGGAGGUAGUUGUGCAGCGGUAGCGGGGAGCGAGGAGGAGGAGGAGGUGGAGGCGUCGCUCUGAUGCUGGAGCUGGGGCUGUGCGGGGUGCCAGCGCAGGUGCUCGGGGUGGUGCAGGGCGCACUGUGUCGCAAAGGAGGAGCGAUGGCGGCCGAGUUGGAACCCACGCCCGAGCAGCUGGCGGCGAUCGCGGUGGAGAACGAGGAGGAUGACGCGCUGGACUACAAGCCGCCCGCCCAGAAGUCCAUCCAGGAGCUGGUGGAGCUGGACAAGGACGACGAGAGCCUUCGCAAAUACAAGGAGACGCUGCUGGGGGCCUCGCCCAUCGUCGCCGAUCCCACGGUGGCGAACGUGCAGGUGACGCGACUCACUCUGCUGUGCGAGACGGCGCCCGGGCCUCUCACCAUCGACCUCACCGGGAACCUGGAGACGUUCAAGAAGGAGUCGUUUGUGCUGAAGGAAGGAGCCGAGUACAAGAUCAAGAUUAAUUUCAAGGUGAACCGUGAGAUCGUGUCCGGCCUCAAGUACAUCCAGCAGACGUACAGGAAAGGCGUCAAGGUGGACAAGACGCACUACAUGGUGGGCAGCUAUGGUCCGCGCGGCGAGGAGUACGACUUCACGACCCCGCUGGAGGAAGCGCCCAAGGGCUUGCUUGCCCGCGGCACCUACAACGUCAAGUCCCAGUUCACCGACGACGACCAGCACGACCACCUCUCCUGGGACUGGAACAUCACCAUCAAGAAGGAGUGGAAGGACUGAGCGGCGGCGGCGGCGGCGGCGUUGUCGGGAGGGAGGGGAGGAGGAGGAGUAGAGGGGAGAUGGUGGGGGAGGGCAGGGGAGGGAAGGAGGAGUAGGAGAGAUGGGGGUGAGGAGAGAGGAGGGAGGAAGGAGGAGGGGCGAGAUAGGGAAGGGGGGUGUUCCCGGCAGGGCUUAAUUUCAACCGGUAUCUUCUUGCGCAUCACGGAAAAAAAACGACUCGCAUGUGUGCGUGCCGACGCUGUCGCUUUGCACAUCUUUUGUGUGCGGCUCUUGACGCGACGCACGUUACCCACACGCACGGCGCGCGCAUGAGCGAGCGAGCGGUGACGGCGAUUGUCAGAGGUCGUGGUUCACGCGGAAUUUUAGCACCAAGCGGAAAUUCUAUUUUAAAAACAAAACUCAUUUCAACUCGGUUCCUCGUUUCUGAUAAUCACCGGCAGCGAUGUCACCACCACCACCACCGCCGGGUGUAGUGGCCUGCGAACGGUGACGCCACGGCCCUUUGCGCUCGCGAUCCGCCAAUUUCCCGUGUCGUGCCGCCUUGUAAAACCGCCUUGUAGCCGCGCGCCGCCAUCGGCCGUGCAGAUGACGAACGAGCGAUGGUUUUAUCGGCUCGACCCUCUCGGGCCGAUGAUCCCGUCGGGUCUUUCGUUUUCCUCUCGGAUGACGCGCCGUGACGAUUUUCUAAUUUGGAUGUUCGUCAUUUCUUUUUCCGUUUUGCGAAACUCGUCGGGCCUGAGAACGCCGCGUUGACCAGGCACGCGGUGUCCGCAAGCAGCUGGGCUUGGAUGCCAGGGUUCUCAGCGUCCUCAUCUGCUCGGUGUCUCCGACUCGAGAAUCGAUCUCGGACCCCCGUAAUCCCACCGCCGUCACCGUAAGUCAGCUCGUUAGCGACGAACGGGGGGGGGGGGGGGCCUUGGGAAUUCUUGCCGGUUUUUUGUUGUUGUUUUUGCACGUCGCAAACAAAUGGCGUCGUGGAGACGCCCCUCACGCGGACAUCACACUCGGGUAGCCGUCACCGGAGAAUUUAACUUUGUAGUUUGGGUCGGUGACCCAGAUAAUAUUUCCGCGCCCGGUACACUGCGUCCAGUACUUUUCUCCUCGCUGCUGCCGUGGCUUUUACACCGCUAGCCGCCAACGCGUGCCCAACUCUGGCGCAUGCCAACAACACGGAAACUAAAAAAAAACAUUUCAUUUUGAGAAAUUAAACCCUGCUUUGUUACUGCAUGGUCAGCGCGCGGGGGGGGGGUGGGGGGGAGAGUGUGCUUCACAUGGCGCGUGCGCGUGCGUGUGCGUGCACGCGCACACGCCAUGCGAAGCACACUCACGUGGUUUGGAGUCCGCGGCUCUUAAUUGUUUCCACGGUCCGGACGCCUCGCUCUUGACGAACGAUUCAAAUCAUCGCUGCUGUCGCUCGCUCUCGAUAUUUUGCAUUCUGAAAAGCAUUCCAGCAAACCCCGUAGCCUUAUAAUUUGUCGACGACGACGAUGUGUCUAACCGUUACCACUGGGGUUUUGUUUUUUGUUUAAAUAUCCAUUCCUCUAUCUGCUUUGCGUUUGCUCGUUUCUUAUUUGCGUUAUCGUCGAUGUGUGUGUCUGUUUGUGUUUUGAACCUUUAAGGUCCCGUCGGUUAACAACGAGUUCUAACUGCCACUGACGACUGCUAACUCGUCAGACUUAAAUGGGCUAUCGACUCACAGGGCCAGCACCCACGUGGUCUGGGAAAAGGGGGCAGGGAGAGGGGCACCCCCCCCCUCCCCCAUUGUCUCGAUGACCACGCCUCCAAACUCAAAGCACCAAUAGCAGCCUCCCCCCCCCCCAUUGUCCCUCUAGCCAUGCCCCCUCAAACUCAAAGCACCAAUAGCAAUCCUCCCAUUGUGUCGCCUCUCCCCAUUGGCCAAACGCCUGCUCCCAGUAAGCGAACGAGCUGCACCCCCCUCCACGGUGGCGAGACGUUCACCACCUCACGUGGUCUACAGGAGGACGCGGGUUCGAUCCAAACCCUUGACGCCUGCUGCUGUAUAUUUGGAGUUUGCCUGUUCUCCCUCUCGCCCGCUGUGAUCGCGGGGAUUUUUUUCUCUCCGGGGUCCUCCACGUUUAGAAUCAACGUCGUGCAUUUCGGGUGUUUUGGCCGUCUGUACAUUUCCACGUGAUGAUGUAAGCCACUUCGUUGAAUUAUCAUUUGUGAUAGCCAGGCCGCUUCUUUAAAAAAAAAGCUAUACAGCUCAGCGGGGCCUUACCUGGUAAAGUAAAAUUAAAAAAAGUAGUUUAGUUUUAGAUCCGAGUGUCCCAUUCACUUUAGCAGGGGUACAGGCGCAGCCCUACAAUAGCUUGGCUCACCCCACUGUUGGUGGAAGGGCCGCCUUAUAGAUUAAUCGGGGUUUAAGUGGCUUCCAUUGUCGCUUACGUUGAAACCUCGAUUGCGUUGUGGGUUUCGUUCUCGAGUCACUUUCAAUAAUCGCCACGGAUAAUCGACGCCAAAUGGCUGAGCCACUGCUGGGCGAAAUGCGGUGCUGUUCGAUUCACGUGUGGACUAUUGAUGUGGCAUUGAUGACAAAUUGUGCAUCCACCAUUCCCGUGUGAUGAUGUAAGCUCGAGGCCAAGUCUGCUUGGUGCUCUUUAAUGUUUGCUUUAAUUAACUCUCAAAGAAAUGCGUUGAUGACGUAACUAAUGAGAAUGCAACACAUUCGUCAACAACAAACAACCACCGCCUUUAAAAGUAACAAGUUCACGAUUUGCCUAAUUGUAUUCGGUCCUUUUACGGCCACUGUUGUUGACAAAUGUUUUGGAAUUUGUUGUUAACUUUGCUUGGGGGCCAUCGAAGCCAAAUUCCAUCACGAUCACGGACGGGGAAGUGGACCGUGAUAGUACAAUAAAUGGGAACCGCACGUGACUCGUUUCGUUUGACCGGCGGUGGGAUUCUGCCUCGUCAGGCUACGAGGCAUGCAGCAGACAGCCCCCCAGAAAGGGCUGACUGUCUGUCGCAGGGAGAACAACAACAACAACAAAAUCGGUCGCUUUGCACAACCAACACGAGAAGUGAAACCGAACCGCAAAUCUUACUGCAGUCGCCGGAUCACAAGACGCGCUCCGGAUGUUAAUUGCCUCGCCUGGCACACGCGAGGUUUGUGGGUUCUGUCAUGGCCCUGACGCCUGCUGCAUAAGUUGCGUGGGGGGGUUUGCGUGUCUCUCUCUGUCUGUCUUACGCCGUGGUCGCGUGGAUGUUUCUCUGGGCUCUCCGGGUUUCCCCACCCCACCACAUUUAUGAUCGACAUCACGCCUCCAUCAUUAGACCUCCUUUGCCAGUACCAAAAUGUAAUAAUAUGGUUUUUCCCCUUUUUUUGGCAACAAAACUGAAACCUUUUUACGAGGAUUCAUGUCCGCAUUAACCACAAUACCUGCAGUCAAAAUGCAAAAAGCAUACUAUGAUAAUAUAUGCAUUGUCCUUUAAACUGAUCGUACGCCUUUUGCCGUAAUCUGGUCGAGCACCAAUUGGGUCGAGGCUCAAAAGAAAGCCGUCCUUUGGUGUGGACCAAUCAGUUUCAAGGACAUUGCAUAUAUGAUCAUAGUAUGUUUUUUUGUUUGCAUUUUGACUGCAGGUAUUGUGGUUAAUGCAGACAUGAAUCCUUGUAAAAAGGUUUCAGUUUUGUUGCCAGAAAAAAGGGGAAAACCCCUAUUAUUACAUCACGCCUUUUAGUGUAUUUGGGCACUGCUAUAAAUUCCCAAGUGAUAAUAAGCCACUACGUUGAGCUAUCAUUUGUGGUAGCCAGGUCGCUUCUGAAACAGCCCAUGUCGCUCAGCGGGCCUGAACUGGUAAAAUAAUAAUAAUAUAAAUAGUUUAGUUUUAACAAUUUAGUAAGACGCACCUACUUCACACCGCGCCCCACCAACCCCUCUCAACAACAACAACAUCAUGCCUUGCUUGUGCCCGGGUUCCAACAAAGUUACACGUCUUGUCUCGCGCGCACCCCACCGGGAUUAUCACACGGCACCGCGCACGCCGCAACUUGUGCUGGAAAUCCAGCGGGUGGCGAAAGUGCGUCGAUGCAUAAUCCGCAGAAUGAAUAGAGCCAGCGGUCUUUCAAACGAAAACAUAUCUCCCGAUCCGGAGAUCGUUUCCAUCCGCUAACCCCAGUGGUUCUUUACGAAUGUUCACAUUGGGGGGUUGGUGGUGGUGGAGAGGGGGCGACUUCUUUCGCCGGUAGAACAUCAAUCGGUGUGAGGAGGGCCGCGACACCAUUUGAAAACCAUUUGUUGGGGUUUGACAGCAGCGCGAUGAUGAUUGGGGGGGGGGGGGGGGUUAUCACAGGACGUGUCUUGUCGGGGUAGCCCGCACUAAAGGCAGCCAGGGGGGCGCCAGUGGCCACGUGGGCCUUGCAAUGAAGAACGCCGCUCUGACCCCCUCUGUGACCACCGCUCUCAGCACCCCCCCCCCCCACCACCUUCCUCUCCCAGCUCACCCCCAUGCGUGCUCCAUCCUCGUGCGCCCCACUCUACAACAUGCGUCACUGCCUACACCACACCGCCUCCUCCUCAGCCCUCACCCCCAAAUCGUUCUCGGCUGCGUCCAAGUGACAACAGCAGUGGAGGACCCCCCCCUGCCCCCCCUUGCCCCCCCUUGCCCCCCCUGCCCCCUCCCCUGCCCCCCCUUGCCCCCCCCUGCCCCUCCGCCCGCCCCUCCGCCCCCUACCCAUCGUCGUGUGUGGAUGUCCGCGUUGUGGUUGCUGGUCGUGGUGGUGGUGGUUGAUGACACGUCGCUUGCUCGUUCGUGAUUUCGUUUCGGGUGCAGAACCAGGAGGAGGGGUUGGGGGAGAUGAUGUGAGAUCAGUGGGGGGGGGGGGGGGGUGUUGUUGGGGGUGUUGGUUCAUGAGAGAUGUUUGGGGGGGGGGGUCCACUUCCCUCACCCCCCGCCGCCUCCUGGUUGAUGUCCUCCUCCUGUGAUCAUCUUCUUGGUCUCCCUACUUCCUCGUGCUGCCCGGUGCGUCGUUACCGCGCUGAAGGAUGCCAAUAAAGAACCGGAGUUGGGUCCAUCCGUGCCCUCAC